CGCGGCCCAGGAGAGCGCCCGAAGGCGGGCGGCGCGCCCACCGCGAGCACGCGGCGCCCUCUGCAGGCUGCAGGCGGCGACACACCGAAGCCCGUCCUCGUCCUGAGUAUCGCGAGAUCUGGUCGCGCGGCUACCAUGGCGGCGAUGUUUGAACCUGCGCCGGCCUCAGAGGCCCUGGAGACCGCUGUGGCUACGGAGCUUGUGGCCGCGCAGGCCUCUGAGGUGGAGCCACCCACCGAGCCACUGCGGAGCAUGCGGACGGCCCACGACAUCGGCAGCCCCCGGACCCGCACGGGAGACGUGCUGCUGGCGGAGCCGGCGGACUUCGAGUCGCUGCUGCUGUCUCGGCCGGUGCUGGAGGGGCUGCGGGCGGCCGGCUUCGAGAGGCCCUCGCCGGUGCAGCUCAAGGCCAUCCCGCUGGGGCGCUGCGGUUUCGAUUUAAUUGUUCAGGCUAAAUCAGGUACCGGGAAGACCUGUGUGUUCUCCACCAUUGCUUUGGACUCUCUUGUUCUUGAGAACUGUAGUACUCAGAUUUUGAUCUUGGCUCCUACAAGAGAAAUUGCUGUACAGAUACAUUCUGUUAUUACAGCCAUUGGAGUCAAAAUGGAAGGCUUAGAGUGUCAUGUCUUUAUUGGAGGAACUCCAUUAUCACAAGACAAAGCCAGACUUAAAAAGUGUCAUAUUGCUGUUGGAUCUCCUGGAAGAAUUAAACAACUCAUAGAACUUGACUACUUGAAUCCGGGCAGUAUACGUCUCUUUAUUCUUGAUGAAGCAGACAAACUUUUAGAAGAAGGCAGCUUUCAGGAGCAAAUAAAUUGGAUUUAUUCUUCAUUGCCUGCCAGUAAACAGAUGUUGGCAGUAUCAGCUACUUACCCUGAAUUUUUGGCUAAUGCUUUGACAAAGUAUAUGAGAGAACCCACGUUUGUAAGACUGAACUCCAGUGAUCCAAGUCUCCUAGGUUUGAAGCAGUAUUACAAAGUUGUCAGUUCUUACCCUUUGGCCUAUAAGAUAUUUGAGGAAAAGGCUCAGCACUUACAGGAGCUUUUCAGCAGAAUUGUGUUUAAUCAAGCCUUAGUCUUUUCUAACUUGCACAGCAGAGCACAACAUUUGGCUGAUAUUCUUUCUUCUAAAGGCUUUCCUGCGGAGUGCAUUUCAGGCAACAUGAAUCAGAGUCAGCGCUUAGAUGUUAUGGCUAAACUAAAGCAGUUUCAUUGCAGAGUUCUCAUUUCUACAGAUUUGACUUCCCGUGGGAUUGAUGCUGAGAAGGUGAAUCUGGUUGUAAAUCUGGAUGUACCAUUGGAUUGGGAAACAUACAUGCAUCGGAUUGGCAGAGCUGGCCGUUUUGGUACCUUGGGACUGACAGUGACCUAUUGUUGCCGGGGAGAAGAAGAAAAUAUGAUGAUGCAAAUUGCCCAGAAAUGUAAUAUCAACCUUCUCCCCUUACCAGAUCCCAUUCCUCCUGGUCUGAUGGAAGAGUGUUUGGAUGGGGAUGUGGAGGUUAAAGCUGCUUUGCAUGCAGAUGGCUCAGCAAGUGUCCCUACCCAACCCCUGAAAAAGCAAAUCCAGAAAAUAGAGAAAACCUUUCAAACUCAGAAGACAAAUGGUAACCAUGUGGCUUCUUCUAGAAAUACUUCUGUAUCUGUAUUGUCAGUCAAAUCAAAACAUAGUGCUAAACAAAAACUUCCUGGAAAAAGCCACUCAGAGUGUGGGAUAACAGAAAAAGCAGUGUCAACAAAAGAACUGGGGUGUGCCAUAAAACUGAAAGAGCAGAUGAAUUCUGUUCAGACCUCUGUUCAGAACUCUCCCAACAGUCAGCAGCCUGUCAAAGAAGCUUCACAUGUGUCGCUCCCUAGAAUUCCUUGUCUGUCUUCCUUUAAAAUCCAUCAGCCACGCACUUCGACUUUUGCAGAGCUGGUGGAGGAUUAUGAACACUAUAUUAAAGAGGGGUUGGAGAAACCUGUGGAAAUUAUCAGGCACUACACAGGCCCUGGGGAUCAGACUGUAAACUCUCAAAAUGGUUUUGUGAGAAAUAGCGUUACUGAAGAGAGAGUACAGAUACUUGCAAGUAGUAGCCAGUCUGGAGACUCGGAAAGUGACAGUGAUUCUUACAGCUCAGGGACUUCUUCCCAGAGCAAAGGAAAUAAGUCAUACUUGGAAGGCUGUUCUGAUACUCAACAGAAAGACUCUGAAUCUGUUCUUGUGGCUGGCUAUCACUCUUUGGAACAACCUCUGAAUGGCAGUGACACCACCAAUCCAGAGGAAUAUCAGGAAUCCCCUGAAAUCCAGGUAAAGACAAGGCAUAAAGAGGGAUCUAACCAGAGAGUGAAGCAGAGCCGGAGAAACCUACCUAAGCCGCCUUCUUAUCGAUCACAAGCACAACUUUGGGAAGAUGGUUGGUAUCAUAGGGAAACACACCAUAAUUUUUCUGAUGCCUACCAGGAUUAUGAAGAAUACUGGAGUGCGUACUACCGGGCAUGGCAAGAAUACUAUGCUGCUGCUUCUCAGUCGUAUUACUGGAAUGCUCAGAGACAUCCAAAUUGGAUGGCAGCUUAUCACAUGAAUACAGUUUAUCUCCAGGAAAUGAUGCGUGGUAACCAGUGAUUAUAGGAUGUACAGUGUCUGAAACCACUGGGAACUGUCCACACCAUUUGAUAGUUGGUUGUCCAUCUUCCUUGACCUUGGCAUUUUUGAGGAACUUGAACAAACUUAAGGCUUUCCACUGGGGCACAUCUGUUUUUCAGAUUAUUUGACUUGGCCUAGGUAUAUUACCUAAGAAACUUCACUAGACUCUUAGAAUAAGAGUCCCAAGGUGCCAUUUUCUGUAAGCUGUUCCUAAAAAAAAAUUUAAAAAGAUGUCAUAUACACAACUGCGUACUUAAAAAUAAAAACAAGAUUUGAAAAAUAA